AUGGACAAGGGGAAAUGGGCAGAAGAUGGAAAGGGAAAAAAGGAGGCAGCGCUCGCGGCAAGGGGAGGCAGAAGAAGGUGGAGCGGCCUGAGAGACACGGAGGAGGUUGGCGAGAGCGACGAAAAGAGUCGAAGCCGGGUUGAUCUGGAGAUGAACAACGACGAGACGAGAUAUCCGGAGUACAGUCCACCAGAGGGGCAGCGUACCCCGUCGUACUCGGUACAAGAACAAGAACCCAGACUCCUGGCUCUGGCUCUGGCUCCAGAAGCUCCCGGUCUGGUGCAAAAGGCCUACCUGGUGCUCGCCUGUACAGUAAGUAGCCGGACUGCGGGUUGGGCGCCGCUGGACCCCUCCUUUGGCUUGUGGCUACAGCAUUCGCCCGCUGGCCAGAAAAUCCAGGGUGCGCCGGCUGCUCUCAGUGGACCUCGGGCUGCCAAUCGUCGCUGCAAUGGGCGGCCACAGCGCUGGAUGGCACCCUCCCGCUGCUCCAAACGGGCAAUGGGCGGUGGCAUGACGCGCCAACAGCAGGGCCGCAGCCACUGUCACAGCGGGGCCUGCACCUGUGAUGGGCUGUUUUCGCGUUCCUCGCAUGUGGCAGAAGCCAUUGACCCAUUCAUGUCUUUUAGGUCAUUCAUGAUGCUCAACCUCGACUCAUUAAGUCCUUCUCUGCCGCCAAUCCUGCCAGCAAUCUGUACCCAACCCGCGCAUCUCGCAGCUCUCCGGGCCAGGGCCGCAGUCAAUGUCAAUCCGGACCAUAAACAAAGGCGUUGCCCCAUCGACCGCGCUGCUCAUCUGCUCGCCUUGGUGACCGCCAAUUCGCCAACGACCUGGCCAGCUCCGCCCGCUUACUCUAUUUGUCGAGCCCUACUGACGGAGAGCAGAGCCGUGAUGGGAAGCGACCGAAGCUGCUGCGAUUGCCAUGGCAACGACGCCUUGCCGGUGGUAGGUCUCAUACCGAGCACCAGUGCCAGACCAGCAUUACCACUCGACUCAAGUCCUGCUCGCUAG